CAGCAAUCAGUAGAGGGCCGAGAGAGAGGAUCUCAAAUUUGUCACUUGAAAUUAGACAUAUCCUUUGUCUUCUUGGCAUCAAAAUAUUUGGCUACAGAACAAUGAAUUUCGCAAUUUUAUUUUAAUUCGUAAUAAUCUUAAAAUCUUUCUGAAUCCACGUUCGAGCAGCUUAAGAAAUCUGCAGCAUCGCCAUGGCUACUGACGUGGGUACUUUGUUGAAAAGGUACUUUGGUGCUUGCGAGAGACAUGGAAUUGCACCGAAUAAAUCAAUUAUGACAUCGUUAUUCAAGGCUAAGAUCAAGAAAGCCCACCAUGAGACAGCUACACUUUCUGUCUCUAUUGAUGACCUGAAAGAUGUUGAUUUCUAUCCACUUCGCGACCUCUUAACUGAAAUUGAUGGUUCUGAGAUUGAUGUGGUUGACAUGGUAAAUAGAUUUUCUUGUGCACUGAGCGGGGAAUAUGUUACGCAAUUGCUACAUGCUGUCGACAAAAAGCUUGGACACGUUGAUAUCUGUGACAUCUCAUUUGGAAAGGAUUUCUUGCUAGGUCAGGCUUGUGGUAUUUUGUUUUAUUUUUUGUCAAGUGUGAUGCUGAGAGCAGCAAGACGCAUUUCCUUCAGGGAUAUUGCUCAACAAGGCUUAACAUGCCAAGUUCUCAAUCUAAGAUCUUCUCAUUUUCGGAAGCUCAAUAUGGUCGGGAAAUUUGUGCACAUGCACACUCUCAACUUGGAUUUCAGCGCUUCACUUACUAGCUUUCGGGAGGAUUGUUUUACGUGUAUGCCAAAUUUAAAUUUCCUUUCGCUGUGCGCGACUAGGAUCACAAACCUGUGGACAACUAGUGCUGCACUAGCCAAGCUUCCCUCGUUAGUUGAUCUUCGAUUUCAGAGUUGUUUCUUUACUCAUGAUAUGGAGUAUUCUUCUGCGUCAUUUGGAGAUGAGGGCCUUGGUUCAGGUCAUACUGGCAUGGGCCCUCACGGGGAAUUACCUUACCCAAGUGAUGAAGUUUUUCCUCAUUUGCAAUUAAUUCUGGAUGAUGAAGAAACAAAUGAUUAUGAUGUAGUUCAGGAUGUCGGUAGCCGAAAUGAAGGUUCUUCAGAUGAAAGUGAAGUCGAUUUUUCAGGACAUCAACAUGACUUUCGUUCAGCGGAACUCUUACCUAACAUGCCCUUUGCUUCGAAUGAGCUGGAUGAUCUGCAGAAUGAGAUAUCUUUUGGCACACUGGACAUGCAUGGCGACGAUUAUUUUUCUGCUGGAUCGGUCAAGUCGAGUGGCGUCAAGAAGUGCAUUUCUCGUCAUCCUUCUCCAAUAUGCUUUGAGAAACAUUACAGAGAAUACAUGAUAGCUUCAUUGCCAAAACUCAGAGUUCUUGACAAUUUGCGGAUUUCGGAAACUGAAAAAGAAAAAGCCAAAGAUAUCUUCACAAGUCAUUUUGAAUACCUUCCGUACAACAGGCAUAAUAAGGAGAGCUUGGUUAGUUUAUUGCAGCAACGUGAGACCACAGCAAACCUCUCUGCAACUCACGCCUCGAGAAAUUUUUUUCCUUCUUCAUCAAGAAAAACGAAGCACUUCUAUUUCAGGUCAUUAUCGGCUGCCAAAAUGGGAUCUUCUGCAUGGCCCACCUUACGGUCUCUUUCUAUUAGUGGCAGUUCAUUAAGAGAAGAAAGAAGAAACUUUCGUCCACGACAGUUUGAGUACAGUCCAACAGACUCAAGCCUUAUGGUCAUUGGGACUUUGGAUGGUGAAGUUGUUAUUGUAAACCACGAGAACGGGAAACUUGUCAGUUACAUUCCAUCACUUGGGGCUGUGAAUAGUGUCCUAGGGUUAUGCUGGCUUAAAAAGUAUCCUUCUAAGCUCAUUGCUGGUUCUGACAAUGGCUCCCUUAGAUUGUACGACAUACAACAUUAUACAAGUAGACAAAUGCAUCACAAUCGUGGUUCAGUCUUCUUUGACGAUUUUGACCAGUUAACAUCUGUGCACGUUAACUCCACAGAUGAACUGUUUGUUGUCAGUGGAUACUCGAAAGAUGUUGCUCUUUACGAUAUCGGCAGUGGGAAACGUUUGCAAGUCUUUGCCAAUAUGCAUCGGGAACAUAUAAACGUGGUCAAGUUUUCCAACCACAACCCGUCCCUUUUCGCCACAUCAUCCUUUGAUCAGGAUGUGAAGAUGUGGGAUGUAAGGCAAAAACCAAACCAGCCUUGUUAUACUGCUUCAAGCUCCCGAGGAAAUGUAAUGGUCUGCUUUUCACCUGAUGAUCACUAUCUUCUUGUCUCAGCUGUUGACAAUGAGGUAAAACAGCUAUUGGCUGUUGAUGGAAGACUUCAUAUGGAUUUCGGUAUAGCUUCCACUGGAAGUUCACAGAAUUAUACUCGUUCUUAUUACAUGAAUGGAAGAGAUUAUGUGAUAAGUGGGAGUUGUGAUGAACACGUGGUUCGCAUUUGCUGUGCUAAUACUGGAAGACGACUCAGGGAUGUAUCAUUGGAGGGUAGAGGCGCAGGAGCAUCAAUGUUUGUUCAGUCUUUGAGGGGUGAUCCUUUCAGGGAUUUUAACAUGAGUAUUUUGGCCGCUUAUGUACGUCCAAACUCGGAUUCUGAAAUCGUUAAGGUUAAUCUUCUGGCAUGCGUUGACCGUGAUGGAUCGUAUUCUUACAAACAACCACCUCAAUCUGAUACUGGAAUGGGAGGUUAGGAAUGCGUAAUUUUCAUUGUAAUGUAAUGCAUGAAUUUGUACAUUUUCUGUACAUUUCUUUUUUCCUUAUCUUCUUCGGUAGAGUAAGGUAUGUAAGUAAAAUUCAAUAUCAGAGUUAAGCAUGUGUUUUGAUAUUCACUCAGUCAGUGAGGCUGAGUGAGCAAUUGGGCAAAAAAUUAAAUAUUCACUCAGUGCAGUGUAUUUAGUAUAUGUGGUUUAUGUAAAAAUCUCUGCACAAACUUCACACAGCAGGAUGGCAAGCAAGUUCCUAUUUGGUUAUUACUUGGAUUUUUUCGACUUGCACACGAAAUGUCAGAUAAUUUUUUAUGCAUCUCAUGUGACACAGAAGUAUCUAGUAGCUUUCAGGAAGGCACAGUGAGUACUUUUUCAUUCAUA